GCCGGGAGGGCGCGCGGUUGUUUCCGGGUUGGAGGCCCCGGAGAGGAGGAAAGGCUGCGGCUGAGUGGCCUGCCUGUGGUCCUUUGAUUCCCCCAGAGAGUAAGAGAAAAUAGAGGGUUUUUAUGAGUGACCAAAAAUUCUCUUUACACUGAGCCAGCAGGGAGUGGGGUGAAGAUGCCAAUACCUCCUCCCCCUCCGCCUCCACCAGGACCACCCCCCACUUUCAGUCAGGCGAACACAGAGCCUCCGAAACUGAGCAGGGAUGAACAGCGAGGCAGGGGGGCCCUGCUGCAAGACAUCUGCAAAGGGGCCAAGUUGAAAAAGGUGGCCCAAGUCAACGACCGGAGCGCCCCCGUCAUAGAGAAAUCCAAGGGUGGUGGAAGUGGCAGCCAUGGUUCCAGUGCAUCUCCCCUGCAACCGAAGGGGGGUCUUUUCCAAGGUGGUGUCCCCAAGCUUCGACCAGUAGGAGCAAAGGACAAUUCUGUUUUGGACAGCCCCUCUGCGAAACAGUCCUUACACAUUCCCGGAUCUAGAGCCGCUGCUCCUCGGCCCCCCGUGUCGACCGCUAGCAGUCGUCACCAGGAUGACAAUGAUAGCAACCGGGCUUCCCCGCCAGAGCUUCCUCGUAUGCAGAGACCUUCCUUGCCAGAUCUCUCACGGCCGAACAGUGCUGGCGGCACCGGCAUGAAACACAGUUCGUCAGCCCCGCCACCUCCGCCACCAGGACGCCGAGCCAACGCCCCCCCAGCUCCCCCUUCCAUGCACAGCAGCAAAGCACCUUCCUACAAUCGUGAGAAGCCAUUGCCUCCAACCCCGGGACAGCGGCACCCAGGAAGCCGGGACGGACCUCCAGCUCCUCCGCCCAUCAAGCCGCCCCCUUCCCCAGUGAAUGUCCGGACAGGACCAAGCAGUCAGGGCCAGUCCCUGGCGCCGCCUCCUCCACCUUACCGGCAGCCCCCUUGUGUUCCCAAUGGGCCCGCUAGCCCUACCAACGAAUCUGCCCCCGAACUUCCGCAGAGACACAAUUCCUUGCAUAGGAAGACACCGGGGCCUGUGAGGGGCAUGGCUCCACCCCCACCCCCUUCAUCCUCCCCUUCUUUACAAAGUAGUCGACCUCCUCCUCCAGCCCGUGACCCUCCAAGCCGAGGUGCAGCCCCCCCUCCGCCACCACCCAUCAUCCGGAAUGGCGGCAGAGAUGCACCUCCACCUCCCCCGCCUUACAGAAUGCACGGGUGUUCAGAUCCCACGAGCCGCGGGAAACCGCCACCACCACCUACCAGAACGCCGGUCGGGCCCCCACCUCCACCACCACCCAUGAGAAAUGGGCACAGGGACUCCAUCUCCACGGUCAGGUGUUUCUUGGACGACUUUGAAUCCAAAUAUUCUUUCCAUCCAGUCGAAGAUUUCCCAGCCCCAGAAGAGUUUAAACACUUCCAGAGGAUUUAUCCCAGCAAAACAAACAGAGCAACUCGUGGGGCCCCGCCUCUGCCUCCCAUCCCCAGGUGAAAAACAGCAGCUGAGCAUCGUUGCACGGUGCCAAAACAAAGGGACCUGUUUUCCGCUCCUCGGAUUCUGCUCCUUGUCCCUGAGAAACCUGCAUGUUCGUUUUUGUUUUCCUCCUUCUCCCAACUGUUGCAAGAACCGGACAAAUCUACCAUCUCUCACCUCUCUGUGCAUGUCACACCCGGACUUAAAUGGACGUUUUGGUACCAGCAGCGAGGUGAGAGCUCUCCUCUGCAGAUCCGAGUUUGUUUCUUGCUUUUUCUGCUGCUCGUGUCAUGUAGUGAAAGUUCAGCCUGAUACCACUGGAGAAUUAGUGCACAGGGGAGUGCGUCCCAGAAAAAGCAAGCCAAACUUGAACUGCGGUGCAGGUUGGGAUGACAACUUCUAUGCGGUUUUUAAAAGAAUUGUUUUGUUUUUGCCUGUGGUGGGGAAAGGGAAAUGGCUGUGAAUGGUUGAAAGUGGAGUUCUGAGUUUUCUUUUGAAGAGGUGCAGCGUUACAAAGGGUAUGAGGUGAAUUUUCUAAGUGUGUUGGAUGCAGACACACAUACUUGUGAAACUGUAUAACUUGAAAAAGAAGACAGGGGAGGAAUGGCAAUAGCCUGCUGCUGGAGCAGAGUCUGAGUAGGGGAGGUGCACAGUUAUAGCCUUGACCAAGGCAGCGAGGGAAAUCUGGGAUCCACGGCACAGUUGUAUUGCUGGGUUCUGCAUGUCUGGGGGCCCUCCUCUUUCUGUUGAGUAACAGCUUCCCCCAUUGGCUCGGUCAUCCCUCUUCAAAUCUCUGCAACUCCCUCACAAUCCUGCAGAGCAUGUGGAAGGUCAGAGUUCCACAUGUGAGCACAGUAGGGUGCCUGUGGUUUAAUAGCAACGUAUCAAGUUUAUUAAUAAACACCAGGAUGAGAGGCAUUCUUGGAUGCGGCAGAGGGGAAAGGACCGUACCGAGCUGAUUACCAGAGUUGAUGGUGACACACAGGUACAGAUUCCGCAGUGGUGCCAAGGCCGGAGUGGGCUUUAGACCUGGAACUGCUGACGGGACAUUUGUUUUGGCUGCACUGCUUCUUCCUCAGAAGAUUCCCUCGUGUGAUUCCCAAGAGUGGAUUCAUAGUCCUGGUGGGACCUUCUUGUGCGGCAGAUGACUGUUGUAUGGACUAGGCCUGUGUGUGUCCUUAACUCCACCCCCUGGCCCUCAUCAAAAUUUUGCAUUCCCUUUCGUGCCAAGGGAUGGUGGACCGACAUGUGGUUUUGUCCACCCUGGGGAGGAUUUCUUCAAGGAACUGAAAGAUAGUCAAAUUAAGAAGUCGUCUUCUCCUGUUUUUAGCAGCUCACCGCACUGCUCCUCCCUCGCUCCUAAAAUCAGGGUUUGAUUUUUAACAAUUGUUUAAUGUGCUUAAACAUAUCACAUUAGCUAUUGGGUCAGUUGUGUGCAGUUGACAGCACGUUGUCGAUGAUUCGUAUACCAAGAUGGGGCAGAACAUGGCAUGCCACUAAGUGGAGACCUGACAACCCUCCCUUGUUGUUGAAAUCAGAGCGGUGUUGUGUCCCCGUUUACCUUUUUCUCAGUACCAGGGGGCAGGGGAGGGUCCAGCAGUAAGUUGUGUGCUCACUUAGCAAUGCAAUAAUUUGCAGCACUGAAAACAAGCCUGUUUGGGACCAUUCCUGUGCUCUGCUUGCCCCCCAAGUCUUUGUGCAUGCAGAGCCUCCCGGGAGAAUCACUCCUAGUCUCUAUUCCAUUACCCCAUUCUAGGCUGGAGCACCAUAAAUCCAGCCUUGGUGCAGAAAUGGAAUUCUUCCCUUCCUUCCCACCACGUUCUUUUCCAACUCUCUGCAGACAGUUACGUGACACCAAACCUUGCUUGCUGUUUUUUGGGGGGUUUCUUUGCCUUACACACUAUUUCCAUCAUGUGACUGGUACCAGAUUUAUGAUGAUGAUUAUUGUGUAUAUUUACUCUGAAAUAACAUGGGGGUUGGGAAAAUGUAUUAUAAUCAUAAAUAUUGAUCUAUUUUGUAUGUUGUAAAAAGUUUGUAAUAUAGGAUCAAGGUGGGCUUCCUGACUGUAUACUACAAACAUUCUCACCUUCUGCUUAUCUUUUUUUUUCCUUCCUGUGAUGAUGGAAAUUUUGUCUGCUUUUAUGUUUAACAACUGGGCAUCCCCUCAUGUUGAGGGCUGGUGCUUGGUUUGAGGAAUUCCUUUUUUUUUUCUUCUGGAGGAAAAUUAAAUCUUGCCCAGCAGAGCUGCCUGGGACGAGAAGUUAAAUGCAGUGUGCAUUUGGGGAUGGUAUGUUUUUGAUUAAUUUUUUAAAAGAAAGGUAUGCUCCCUGUGUUGUGAGCUUCCUGUAAAUGAUUCAUUUGGGAAGUAACCAUGAAGGGAGAUUCCUAAACUUGAAAUGGCAGUGUAAUUAAAACUUAAUAAAAGAGGCACGUGUGUGUGUCUUGGGUGUUCUGGGCCAAAGCACUGCUUGGCUUUCCUCUGCUUCCUCGUUUUCUGUAGGCCCAUUGGGAAGUUAUUGCCUGGCUGGGAAAGGCACAUUCUGCCUUUCCUUGCAAACCUCGGAAGUUGGGAUUUCACGUUGCAGUAGGUUGAUGAUCUUUUCCCUAAAAAGCCAAGGGCAGAUUUAUGUGCCUUUGGGGGUGGGGUGGGCCAUUAUCAUGAUUGCCCCAUCACAAAGAUGAAAUUCUAUCAACUUAUGCUCCCAGCCUCUGGUCUUCAGUGGAUUUUUUUAAUCAAAUUUGCAGGAUAAGCUGCUGCCCAGCAUCAGGGCUGGAAACUCUAGUCUGCCCUCUGCGAUCAGCAGAAUAAAAGUCUUCUUGAACUAUUCCACUGCAGUGGAGAAGAGAAUGCCUGUUGGAAUACUACCCUAUCUUUUUGAAAAAAUCUUCUUGUACAUACAGAACUGUUGGUGAGAAGGUUCCAAUUCAGCGUUCUUUCUGACUCAUUCUGUUUGGAAGCACACAGAUGCAUCCUAAAAGGGGAGCAUUCCAGCAAAAAAACCACUUCCUGCUUUCUGCAGAAUGUUUGAACCUCUUUCAGUGGAGAGGAGAAGGCUGACAAUUUAGCUGACAAGGACCUGCCACUGGGAACAUCCAAGGAGCGAUUUCUGGGCUGCAAAUUUUAAGCCUUAUCUGCUUGGUUCCCUACCCCUGCUCUAACUGAUUGGGAGCCUAGACCAGCACUGAAGAGGUUUUCUAGCCUCGGGGUGUGAAAGCCUGGGCAGUGGGAUAUGUGCUGAGGCUGGCUGCAAGACAUUUGGGAUGUAAACUCUUGAAUCAGUCCUCUGCAUGGGUGUCACAAUUCUGCCCAGGUGCAGCAAUGCUUACCCUGGGAGAACACAUUUGAAGUAACAAGUCUGCAGAAUCCAGCUACUAGAAUUGCUGGUUUAAACAAUAGAUAUUGAGGCUUCUGACCUUUGUGGUUAUAAAGAUAUUUUUGGAGGUCUGCAGGGCAGUGCCGACUGAAGGGGAUAUCUUCCUUUCUUCUCCUUAACAAAGCAUGCGUCCAGUGGCACCUUAAAUGAAAACUAACCUGUAUUCUUCUGGCAUGAGCUUUUGUGAGACACAGCUCUCUUCUGCAGAUCUAGACCCCCUUGGAUCUGAUGAAGAGAACUCUGUCACAGAAGCUCAUGCUGGAAUAAUAAACUGUUAGUCAUUAAGGUGCCACCGGACUUCUGCUUUGCUAAAACAGACCAACGUGGCUACCCCACUGGAACUCUGCAUCUUGCCAUGACUUACAGAAGCAAGGACGCAGAGUACAAAUGAUGCAGAUUUGUUGUGGGGUUUCCGGACUGUAUGACUGUGUUCCAGUAGCAUUUUCUCCUGAUGUUUCGCCUGCAUGUAUAGUUGGCAUCUUCUCUGAUGUCGCAGAUGCAGGUGAGAUGUCAGGAGAAAAUGCUACUGGAACAAGGCCAUAUAGCCCGGAAACCCCACAACCCCCCAGUGAUUCCGGCCAUGAAAAUGUUCAACAAUACAAUGCAGAUUUGCCCCGUAAGCAAAAUUUAGGUUGCUGAAGUCAGCAUUUGGGGGGAUGACAGGUUAUUUUGGCUCAGUUCUCAUCACAGAUCUGUCCAGCCCAGCUCUAAAGUCUUCCAUUUUCAACCAGUGUGAGGAACUGCAUCAGAACGCCAAGCUGCCGUGCAUCUUGCGGGAGGGUGCGAAGGUGUCUGUGGAAUAGCAAGUUGUCUCCGAGCUUUUCUCACUGUGCCUUAAGCUCCUGGCGGGCUUUCUGGUGACUGUCUCAGAUUUUCGCAUCUUUCUAAGCACAUGUUCAUUCUGCAUCUUUUGUGUUAAUGCUUUAAAAAAAAUUACUGGAGAAACACUACUGAGAGAAUUUCUGUGGUUUUGGAAACCAGAUUUUGGGGUUUCUUGCACUGUUCUUGUGUUUCAAGCCUGCCCUUGAGAUAGAAAUUGUUCUUAUGCCCUUCAUCUUUUGCCUGUCUUUUGUAGGGUUUUUUUUUGGGGGGGGGGGUGUUGAGGGUCAAGAUUGCAAGCGAAAAAAUCCUAGCAUGCUUGCUAUGGGCAGGAAGGUAUUCUGUGCGUUUUUAAAUGUCGUUUUAAUAGAUUGCGUAAUUUUUAUAAAGUUUUGUCACCCUCCCCCAUCUUGUUACAUGAUAUAUGGGGAGAAUUCUCUCCCAAGAAGUAGUCUUGAUUGUGACCUCUGGAUAAAUUCUUCACUGUUACUUCAGAUCUUCAGAAAAUGGUUUUGCCUUUUGAAAUGAUCGCAGCACUUUGUCCAAGACUCUCCGUUCUGUAAACUGAGCUACCACAGCAAGCACAGAUGGUUGCCCUUAAUGCUUUUAGGUGUUCUUUUAUGAAUGGGGUAUGACUAUGAGUUAUAUUUCAAAAACAGACACUGAACACUCAUCUCUCCCUGAAGAUUUUUCCAAAUGGGAGCUCUGAAGAGCAUCGCCAGCCAGUUUCCUCCAAUGGUCAUUUGCAGUAUGAUGUUCUGAAGAUACAAAUGGAAAGGGGAUCUGUAUGCGCAUAGCUCACAAGCUUUCUGCUUAUAGGGUUUUAGCGAGGAGUUGGUGACUUGCAAGACACACAGCAAGGUUUCCAGCACAGUAUUAAAUUCGGCCAGCUGUACGGUGUUGAGUAGAAGCUGGUGACUCCCUUGGUAAUUUCUUCUCCCUUCCUCAUCUCAUUAAAUCAAGUCCAUAUCCUAAAACAGAACCCCAGGUUUGUUUGUUUGAAGAAGCUGCUACUCUUCAGUGUGUUACUGUGUAGAGAAGACCGUUUUUGAUGUGAGUAGGGAUACUGUAGCCUGGUGGAAGCUGUGAAGAAGAAGGGUGGGCUGCAGGGGAGGGAGAAGAGGCGUCAUUCUUACCGCCUUCCUGUCUGUGUUGUCUGGUGCCUCUUUUCCUCUGACUGUUUCACUAAUUUGCAAGACACUAUACCUGACCCACGGUAAGUGGUGCUGUCUGUACUAAAACUGUAACUGCAUCUGCUCAUGCAGAACCGAGUCUGUGUCCUCAAUCUAAUAAAUUAAUCAAAUAUCAA